AUGGUAACGGAAUCUUCUUUUCUCGUGCCUUAUUCGUUUCGUGUAUUCUCGACGAGUAGCGGGGCCUCGUUUACUUGCGAAUUGGAGGAGGAGAUACAAGGGGAAGUAGGGAAGAGCAACGAGAAGAGGAAGGAGAAGUCUCGCGACGCUGCACGAUGCCGUCGAAGCAAGGAGACGGACAUUUUCACGGAAUUGGCUGCGGCGCUUCCGGUGCCACCGGAACAGGCAGCUCACUUGGACAAGGCCAGUGUCAUGAGAUUAGCCAUCGCCUAUCUGAAAGUGCGCUCCGUCGUCGAUUCCAGGACGGUGGCCAAGUCCGAGACGUUGAAUCAAAUGGACGAGUUAUUUUCCAAAGCUCUGAACGGCUUCAUGUUGGUGUUGUCCAGCGAUGGGAACAUGAUCUACCUGUCGGAGAAUGUCAGCGAUUAUCUCGGUGUGUCUCAGAUGGACAUGAUGGGUCAGAGCGUGUACGAGUACAGUCACCCGUGCGACCACGAGGAGCUGCGGGAAUGCCUGUCGUCGAAGCCACCCGAGAACAACGACAAGCGCACCUGCAGUUUCUUCCUGCGACUCAAGUGCACGUUGACCAGCAAAGGAAGGAAGGUCAAUCUGAAAAGCGCUUCCUACAAGGUGAUCCAUUGUAUCGGUAGGUUGACAUACAUCCGCGAUCCAGCGUCGAGUCGGUCGGACGAAACGAAGGAAAACGCGGAAGAGAAACGAGAAGACGACGAAGAGAACGAACGUGACAGCGGUGCCUCGUUGGUGCUGCUGGGAUGUCCCAUACCGCAUCCCAGCAACAUAGAGAUACCGUUGGGACGUCAUACGUUCCUCUCGAAGCACAGCCUCAGCAUGAAGUUCACGUACGCCGACGAGAAGUUGGCCGAGUAUCUGGGCUGGGACAGCGACGAGUUAGUGGGACAAUCCGUUUUCGAGUUUCAUCACGCCCUCGAUAAUUUGGCUCUGGACAAGUCUUUCAAAUCACGUGAGUUGACGCCAAUUGACGAUCAUUUGAAUAAACGCGGUCGUACGCGACCCAUUCGCUGUUUCAGAGGCCGGCCGUGAACGUGUUCUAUUCGCACGCGUGCAAAAAGAGAAAAGAAAGAAGGAUUUCCACGUGUGACUUCUCUAAUUCGAAUUUAAUCUUUAAAUAUUAAAUUUCUUUCUUUCUUUUUUUUCUUUUUUUUUUUUUUUUUUUUUUUUUAGUUUUGAAAAUAGCGGAUGACAUUUAA